AGUAGAAAGAUCAGUGGUUUCCAGGGGCUGGGGGGCGGGAUGAGUAGGUGGAGCACAGAGGAUUUUUUAGGCCAGCGAAACUAUUCUGUACAAGACCCUAAUGUAUUUUGUCAGCUGGUGGAAGUUGGCACUUCAACGGAGACAACUUCCCACUUGCAAGUGUGGGGCCCAACCCGUCCGCAGACACGGCUAACCUAGAAGCAAGGCUUGCACCUGGUCUGACCUCGCUGCCCUGACGCCCGCGGCACACUUUCUUAUCCAGCACCCACUCCCGGCUCUUCCUCACCACCCCGCACCUCACAAUUCUCUGUGGGAUCCUGUUGAGGAAAACAUAAGCAUGUGAGAAGACAUUUUCUCCAUGUAUCCCCUACCUGCUCAAAACUAUGGCCAUUAUGGAUUCGGCGGCCGCCACUGAGCAGAUCGGACGUCACUUGAACGCGCACCUCGUUCCGCAGCUUCCUCUGCAACCAUGUCUGACAAACCCGAUAUGGCUGAGAUUGAGAAAUUCGAUAAGUCGAAAUUGAAGAAGACAGAAACUCAAGAGAAAAAUCCACUACCUUCAAAAGAAACGAUUGAACAGGAGAAGCAAGCAGGCGAAUCAUAGUGAGGCGCGUGCCGCCAAUAUGCACUGUACAUUACACAAGCAUUGCCUUCUUAUUUUACUUCUUUUAGCUGUUUAACUUUGUAAGAUGCAAAGAGGUUGGAUCAAGUUUAAAUGACUGUGCUGCCCCUUUUCACAUCAAAGAAUCUGAACUACUGACCAGGAACCCCAAGCCUCCUUUCCAUCUGCCUGUCUGGCUGGCAGGGAGGGAAAUAACGUAUGCUCGUGAAGGAAGCUGGGUGAGACCACCAGUAACAUUAAGUUGGCCCAAGGUAUCUGGCAGGCUGUACAAUGCAGUUUAAUCAGAGUGCCAUUUUUUUCUUCGUAUGAUUUUAAUUAUUGGAAUGCACAAUUUUUUAAUAUGCAAAUAAAAAGUUUAAAAUGUGAAAAAAAAAA